ACCGCUCCUGGCGGCCGCCUGCAGCCCUCUGCAUCCUCAGCUUCCCUCCUGGGUACCAGUGAACGUGUCGAAGGCAUCCUCGGGGGCAUAUCUGUAUAGUCCUUUCCGGGUAGAAGCUGUGUGAUGUGUGGUGCUUGACUUUGCACGAGUCAGACUCUUCCGUAAAGUAAGCUCGGCUAGCUAUCAGGCCUAGGAUGGAAGAGUCGGCACCAGUUGAAAGCCGGAGUCAGCUCCCAAGCCCCCACCACGGCUCACUGAGGAGGGCAGUAGCUGCUGUCCUAGCCCUGGAUGGGGAAUCUACAUUGGGCCGCAGGAAGAAGAGGAGGAAAGACUCUCGCCCAGAAUCCAUCAUUAUCUACAGGUCAGAUAAUGAGAAGACGGAUGAGGAGCCUGAAGAAUCUGAAAGUGGAGACCGGCCUAAAGAGGAAGAGGGGGAAGACUUCCUGGACUAUCCUGGAGAUGAUGGUGUGUGGAACGUGCCUCUGGACAGCCGCUAUGUCACACUAACUGGAACCAUCACAAGAGGGAAGAAGAAGGGUCAGAUGGUGGAUAUCCACGUCACUCUGACAGAGAAGGAGCUGCAGGAGCUGACCAAACCCAAGGAGCUGUCAAGGGAAGCAGCACCUGAAGGAAGAAAGGCCUGCCAGGUGGGGGCAGACCAGGGGCCACAUGUGGUCCUCUGGACACUGGUCUGCCUGCCUGUGGUCUUUGUCCUCUCUUUUGUUGUGUCUUUCUACUAUGGCACCAUCACCUGGUAUAACAUCUUUCUUGUGUACAAUGAAGAAAGGACCUUCUGGCAUAAGAUUUCCUGCUGUCCGUGCCUCAUUCUCUUCUAUCCCGUGCUCAUCAUGGCCAUGGCCUCUUCCCUGGGGCUCUAUGCUGCUGUGGUCCAGCUCUCAUGGUCCUGGGCAGCAUGGUGGCGAGCUGCCUGUGACAUGGAGAAAGGCUUCUGUGGCUGGCUCUGCAGCAAGCUGGGUCUGGAGGACUGUUCUCCCUACAGCAUUGUGGAACUGCUGGAGUCUGAUAAUAUCUCGGGCAAUCUCUCCAACAAGGACCCCAUCCAGGAUGUAGAAACCUCUACUGUCUAGACCACCAGUGACUUCCUUCCCAGGCCCUAGUAGUCUAUAGUCAUUCUACGGAAUCUAGCAGAGUCUUUCCUUAAACUAUCUAAUACCCUCUACAGUCCUGGAAAAUCCUGGCUCACACUGGUGUAUCCCACCAUCUUCAUUAUUCCAAGAUGGUGG